AUGGCGCUCACAGUUCCUCGAGGUGCAGAAGAAGGAGAAGGAGGGGAAGAGGAGCACUUGCAGGUGCUGGACAGCUUGCUUCAAAAGAUCAAGGCAUCUGGUCUGAAGCUGCAGCUCUGCACUAACGAAACCCAAGCGACCCGGGAGAAGUUUGUGAAGAAGCUCCAGGGCAUGGGCUUUGACAUCUCCGUGGCCGAAGUCACGGCCCCGGCACCAGCCGCCUGCCGCCUUCUGAAGGAGCGCGGCCUGAGGCCACACCUGCUCGUCCACGACGAUCUUGUCCCUGAAUUUGCUGAACUUGAUAAAACAAACCCCAACUGUGUGGUUCUUGGAGAUGCAGCAGAAAACUUCACCUAUGCAAACCUUAACGAAGCUUUUCGGCUUCUGAUUGGGAUGGAGAAGCCUGUUUUGAUCUCCCUUGGGAGAGGACGCUACUAUAAAGAAACUGAUGGUCUGAAACUUGAUGUUGGAGCAUAUAUGAAGGCAUUAGAGUACGCCUGUGAUGUUCAAGCUGAGGUGGUGGGGAAACCAGCAAAGACAUUUUUUGAGUCAGCCUUAGCAGAACUGGGACUUCCACCAGAGCAGGUCAUCAUGAUUGGAGAUGAUAUCGUGAAUGAUGUCGGCGGUGCCCAGCGCUGCGGGAUGAGAGCCCUGCAAGUGAGGACAGGGAAGUACAGGCCUUGCGAUGAAAACCACCCCCACGUGAAGCCCGACGCCUACGUGAACAACCUGGCCGAGGCCAUCGACAUUCUCCUCCAGCAGCUGUAG